GUUGUCGGGAUGGCGAAUUUCAAGGGUCACGCGCUUCCAGGCAGUUUCUUCUUGCUCUUUGGGCUCUGGUGGUCUGUGAAAUACCCGCUGCAGUAUCUCAACCAGAAAGUAAAUAAGAAAUCCUACAGGAUUUAUUGUUUCCAACGUGUGGAUGCCAUCGAAGGGGGAAUCAAAAUCAUCUUUGCUCUAAUAGGAAGGCUGGCAGAGCAGUUCGUCCCAGAUGGUCCACACUUGUACCUUUACAGCGGGGAGAACCGGGACUGGGUGAAGCUGAUGAACUGGCAGCACACCACCAUGUACCUCUUCUACGGCCUCUCCGGGGUGGUGGACGUCUUGACCUACAUCUCCCAGGUUGUGCCGCUGGGUCUGGAUCGCCUCAUGCUCUCCGUGGCUGUGUUUGUUGAAGGUUGUCUCUUCUACUACCACGUCCUUCACCGUCCCAUGCUGGAUCAGCAUAUCCACACCCUGCUGCUCAUCGUCAUCUUUUCUGGGGCCUGCAGCGUCAUGUUGGAGGUCUUCCUCCGUGACAACAUUGUCCUGGAGAUGUUCAGAGCCGGCGUCACCAUCGUCCAGGGAACGUGGUUCUGGCAGAUCGGGGUCGUGCUUUUCCAGCCGUGGGGAGGUCCGACGUGGGAUGAGAAGGACCACGACAACAUCAUGUUCCUCACCAUGUGCUUCUUCUGGCACUGGGCAGCUGCUGCGGCCGUCCUGGCUAUAAACUACACUCUCGCUUACUGCUGCGUCCAGAGGUACAGGAAAGGCAGCGGAAAGCCCUACAUCGGUCUCGGAGUCCGGCAGCAAAAGUGUGACACGAGCUCCCAAGCCACCUUCUUAAAUGGAUCUGAUGAAGAGUGA